AUGACUGAGCCUUUACAUGUUCCUCAAACUUCAGCUCCACGUGUCCCGGAUCGAGCAGGAGUGAAACUCUCAGUGAGGCACAGACGAUAUGAAGUCCACAAAACCUCCAGACACCUUCAGAGGAGCAGGAGAGACAUUAAUGUGCUCGGACAGACGUUCAGAGGGAGGGACUCAUGCUCCAUUCACAAUUCCUGCAAUUUGAUGCAGACUCUUGAUGCGGAGGACCAGCCGUCUAAAAAGGGAAAGAAGUUCGACAAACCUCCGUUCAGCUACAACGCGCUCAUCAUGAUGGCGAUCAGACAGAGUCCAGAGAAGCGGCUCACGCUCAACGGCAUCUACGAGUUCAUCAUGAAGAACUUCCCGUAUUACCGGGAGCACAAGCAGGGCUGGCAGAACUCCAUCCGGCACAAUCUGAGUCUCAAUAAGUGUUUCGUCAAGGUCCCGCGGCAUUAUGACGAUCCUGGGAAAGGGAACUACUGGAUGCUGGAUCCUUCCAGUGAUGAUGUGUUUAUCGGCGGAACCACCGGGAAGCUCCGCCGGCGCUCGGCGACCUCGCGGGGAAAGUUGGUGAUGAAAAGGGGCCUCCGCUUCGCGCCCCUCGGUCUCGGGCUUGGUGAACGCCCGAGCAACCCGCUUUAUUGGCAGCUGUCUCCGUUUUUACCCCUGCACCAUUCGCAUUAUAACGGCUCCACGCACGGAUUUCUAAACCAGGGGCACGCGUACGGGUCGUUACUCCACGGCGUGGAGCCGCUCGGGAACGGGGACAUGUCUCGCCCCAUUCUGGGAGCCUCUAGCGGGAGUAUCAACGGGUACGGUGUGUCUCCGCCGUCCGCCGCCGGAUUACUUUCAGGGCACAAUGGAUACUUCGUACCGGGCGCGCAGCAGCCGCUCCCGAGCGCGCCGGGAUACUGCAUCUCCAGCUCUCCGUCCCCGCUGCUGACGGAUUCCAUAAGAACUAGCUUACCGUCCUUCACAGCUCCACUCUCCAGCGGACUUCUGUCUCAACACAAACGCAUCGCGCCCAAUUCGUUCCUAAGCUGAGCUU